CUUGCUGUCCAGUGUUACCCUUGGUGCCUCGCUUCCAUUCCAUGGUGGUGCCUCUCGUCUGUCUCCUCUUUUGGCCGGGCCUUGUUCUCUUUCUUUUGCUCUCCUCACCUUCUGAUGCUUACCAGACACAACUUCUGUCCUUGUUCGGGCUGUCACUCAUUCCCCUUUGCCAACUUCCCUGGCCGAGCACUGUGUUCUGUGCUGCACUUGUCCCUGCCCCCUUCCGCCGACUCGGUGCAAGUAGCGACCUACACAUCCGUGACGACCGAACUGCUUCUCUACCACUCUCACGAUCCGCCUCGUUCCCUCAACAAGGGUCGCUCCGACAAUUGAUUAUCCCAUCAAACUGCUAUUAAUCUGGCCCCAAACAAGUCACAUGCCCUCGCUCAUCCCCAGCAACUGGAACCUUGCUACAAUCACGGCCAGAAGUAGGGAUUUGGAGGAGUCAAGCAGCAAACGUCACAACGGCCCCUGAUGCUGGUGUAGGGAAAGUUUGGACAAACCAAUGCUUUGUGGCUGCGUCGUUUUGGAAACUGCUUCUCAAUUGCUGCUCAUAAAACACUGCUCCAACUGAGCGGUUAAGGCCUUGGCACCUCAGU